CUGAGCGCCGGGGAGCUCGGUUCUGUGACCGUCUGCCGGGCGAGGAAAGGCCCGGGCGAUGCGAGUUUGUCAUGCAGUCUCCCGUGCAGAGGUGUGUGGUGGCGCUCCUCCUUCUGGGGCUGAGGCUCUGUAACGCUAGGAACGGGGAUCCCAGCAGGUCGCGCAACGUGCUACUGAUUGUAGCGGAUGAUGGCGGUUUUGAGAGUGGUGUGUAUAACAACACAGUCAUAAAGACCCCAAACUUGGACGCUUUGGCCCAGCGGAGCUUGAUCUUCCGAAAUGCCUUCACUUCUGUCAGCAGCUGUUCCCCCAGCCGGGCCAGCCUCUUGACGGGCCUGCCUCAGCACCAAAAUGGGAUGUACGGAUUGCAUCAAGAUGUGCAUCACUUCAACUCCUUUGAUAGGGUCCGGAGCCUCCCCUUGUUGCUUAACCAGGCUGGGAUACGAACAGGGAUCAUUGGCAAGAAGCACGUUGGGCCAGAGGCUGUGUAUCCAUUUGACUUUGCUUACACUGAAGAAAACAGCUCUGUCCUGCAAGUGGGGAGGAACAUCACCCGAAUCAAGCUGCUUGUUCGGAAAUUUCUCCAGAGUGUGGAUGAGAAGCCUUUUUUUCUUUAUGUUGCUUUCCAUGAUCCCCAUCGCUGUGGUCAUUCCCAGCCACAGUAUGGAGUCUUCUGUGAGAAAUUUGGCAGUGGGGAGCCUGGAAUGGGCUGGAUCCCAGACUGGAAACCUGAGCUCUACCAUCCAGAUCAAGUGCAGGUCCCUUAUUUUGUACAAGACACACCAGCUGCUCGUGAAGAUUUGGCAGCUCAAUACACCACUGUUGGGCGCAUGGAUCAAGGCCUUGGCCUUGUCCUAGAAGAACUCUGCCAUGCAGGCUUCCUCAACAGCACUCUUGUGAUCUAUACUUCGGACAAUGGCAUCCCCUUUCCCAGUGGCAGAACCAACCUGUACUGGUCAGGCACAGCUGAGCCCCUCCUGGUCUCAUCUCCUGAGCAUCCUUCGCGUUGGGGCCAGGUCAGCAGUGCCUACGUCAGCCUCCUGGAUAUCACUCCCACCAUUCUGGACUGGUUUUCUAUGCCAUAUCCCAGUUACAGUCUGUUUGGGAAGCAGAUAGUGCAACUCACUGGGAAGUCUCUGCUGCCGGCAUUAUCACUGGAGCCGAAAUGGACAACUGUGUUUGCAAGCCAAAGCCUGCAUGAGGUGACCAUGCACUAUCCCAUGCGAGCUGUGCAGCAUGGCUCCCUGCACUUCAUUCACAAUUUACAGAACCGAACCCCCUUCCCCAUUGACCAAGAUUUCUAUGUUUCACCUACAUUCCAGGACCUGUUGAACAGAACUCAGGCAGGGCAACCUACUCAUUGGAAUAAAACUUUGCAUAACUACUAUUAUCGGAAUCGCUGGGAACUGUAUGAUCACAGCAUCGAUCCUACAGAAAGCCACAAUGUGGCUUCUGAUCCCCGCUAUGCACAGGCUCUUGAAGAGCUGCAGGGGCUGUUGUUGAAAUGGCAGUGGGAGACCGGUGAUCCCUGGAUAUGUGUACCUGACGGUGUCCUGGAGGAUAAGCCUGUCCCCCAGUGUCGGCCACUCCACAAUGAGCUGUGAUUUUCUUUUGCCUUCCUGUUUUGGUGGCAGUUACACAUCAGUCCGGAACAGCAGUAACGAAAAGAUCUGCAGGUCAAGUGGGUGGUGAUGCAACCAUUGUAGUUUGCAGAAUUAAAUACUACUGAAGUUGCAGCUGAGGGAAGUAUUAGAGUGAAACACAAGGAAGCGUUUGCCUCUGGCCCAGAAAAGAAGUCACACCAUAUUUUUAACAUUUGCUGCCAUAAGAAUUCCAGAAAUGUCUUCUAGAUGGAUGACCACAAUUGCCAUCAUUCCAAGUAAGAGUGGACAGUGGCCAUGCUGUGUGAAAGUGAUGAAAAGUUGUGGUCCAAUUAAAGUGACUGGAGAAACCUGGCUUAACAGAUGACUCAGCCACUGCUAUAAGUGUCCUCACCCAAAUUGUGGUGCAACAAGAAUAUAGAUGGGCUGGUCCCAUUUCAGUUGUUAGACAUAGGGCAUGGAUAGAAACUAAGUUCAAAAGCAGUUUUAAAAAUUUAGUGGUGAAUAUUAAUCUCUAGAUUCAGUAACAUACACAUUUAAUCAUUAUUCUACCACAGAAUACUGAAAUGAUUAGAAACAGCUUUCGAUAUGCAUGCUGGUAUGGUAUAGGUCUGUGUAGCAGGUGUUCCUGUUCACUUUAAAGCCAGUUCUCCAGAAUAUACAGUAGUAUGGCUAAAGCCUGCUUUAAUACAAUAAAGAAAUGAAAUAUUUCUAACUAG